AUGAGUAGCCCAAGUUUUCUCAGAAAAGAUAGAACAACCAAACAGCAAGCCCAUUUAGCAAAAAUAAAGCCUUAUGUGGAUAGAGUUAAAGAGUUACCUCCAGCACAACUUAUAGCCGAAGAUGAAUGUGCUUUCUAUUUAAAUGAAGCACCUCGCAGAGCUUGGGGGAUUAAUCUUCCUAAUGGCGAGAAGUAUUACUUAAUGCUUGAUAAUGCUAAAAUACAUAAGGCAGUUAAGGCUUGUUUAAAAAAAGUAGCUUAUUGUCCACAAUUGAACCCUGUGGAACUAAUCUUUAAUUUCCUUAGGCAGUAUGUGGAAAAGUAUGAGCCAAGAACCCUUGAAGAACUAAAAUACAUUAUAGAGAAAGGUAUAGAAGAAUUACAAGAAAAAGAUAUAACUAAAUAUUUUGAGCAUUGUUUAAAUUAUGAUUUCUCUAAAAACGAGCAAUAA